ACGGGAAUGACUAAUUUUCCAAAGGGGCGGUGCUGGAUGAGUGGUUGGAGGGAGGGGGUCGUUUGUGGUUUAAAUUGAAGCUUUCCCAGGAGAGCUGGCGCAGAAAGAGGGACAUCGAAUGUUUAAUUAAAGCGAAUUGGCAGAUUUUUAUAUUUUUAAUCCUCAUUACCGGUAGCCUUUGUUGUUGCUUUCACAGUUGUUUGCUGCGCAUAAUAAAGCGGACUGUUUUGUUGGCUCUCUUCUCACUUUCAUUCACCACAAGCACAUCUGGAGCGACAGCAACGGACUACCGUCAUUCAGAUACUCCUAGCUUCUAAAUUCACAAACUUGCAGCUAUGCGUUUUACAACUGCCUUCUUCGCCAGCGCCUUCACGGCCCUCGCUGCCGCUCAAUCGUCAGCAGCAAACCCAUUCACGAAUACAGACUACACUUCCAUCUCCGCAGGCAAGGCCUUUACCAUCACCUGGUCUCCUACAACGACAGGAGCUGUCUCGCUGGUACUUGUCAAGGGCAACCCUGCCGCCCUGACUACUGUGUCUACCAUCGCUAGUGGCCUCGACAACAGCGGCUCCUUCAACUGGACUCCCGACUCCUCAAUCGCAAAGGGCUCUGACUACGCCCUUAAGAUCGUUGACGAUGCUGACGCUACUAUCGUUAACUACACGCUUCAAUUCCCAAUCGACUCUGCUGGUGCUAACGACUCUGUGGUCUCCUCUAUCGUGGCCUCCACCACCGCCAAUGACGCCAACAAAGAAAUCACUGCCCUAGAUAUCAAGACCAGCACCGAAAUCACCAAAAGCGCAGCCCCAGACAUCAUGACAAGCACCGCUGAUGCCAGCCCCACUGAUGCCAGCACCGCAGACGACAGCACCACGCUAGCCACCGUCACCACCCCGAACGAGAGCUCCUCUGCUUUCUCUGCCCCAGAUAAUGGCGCCACGACCAAGCCUUCGGCAUCCACCACCCGGGCAUCUGAGUCAAGCACUGUGAGCGAAAGCAGUAGCACCGGCGCGGCCGCUGCGACGGGGGCUGCGAAUGUGUGCGCCGGGCUGAUGGGCUUCGUUGGCGCGGCGAUGCUGCUUCUGUAAUAUGAGGGUUAAAGACGGUGGGGUGGGGAAAACGAAAUAUAUUCGCAUUUGUGUGUGGCUGUUAAUUUGGCGGGU